UUCUGUAUGCGAAUUCUGAAUGGAGAGAAAAACAUCAAACUUGAGAAACAAGAUUGCCAAGCUUCUUUCUCUUCCCCAUGCAACUCCUUCCAUCACCGCCAUCUUAGUAAGCCCUCCUCUAAGCCCCCGCAAGCCCAGCUCAACCAAGCCAGUCUACACUUCCAUUAUUCCUUCUGAGGCCAGAAGAAAGCCCAAGUAUGGAAGUAGCUUCGACACUCGCGAGCCCACUUCUCCCAAGGUCUCAUGCUUGGGCCAAAUCACCAACAAGAAGAAGCCCAAGCCCAAGCCCAAGAAGGUUGGCUGCUCCGUGCAAGAGGUCAAGGUUGUCAAGAAGAGACACAAAAAGGGUGUCAAAGAGAAUAUGAUUAUUGAUGAUGGUCCUAACUCUAAGGACAAGGCAGAUGGUUCUAACGUUGGGAUAUUAGUGGUGCCUUCUUUGGGUGAGAUGAAGAGGUUUACAAGUGCUCGUGGUGUUUUGUCAGAAUUUUAAUGGAAUGCCCAAGUUAGGGUUGUUUCUUCAAGAUCCAAACAAGGUGAUUAUAUUUCUACCAAAUAUAGCAACUGAUCAUGAAGGUUUGGCACU